ACGCCAUCACUGGGCGCCGCCUGUUGUGUCAACACAAACAGAAGCUAACGUCAAAGCUAGUGGUGAAGUUUGGACCCCUUUCCCUGCCUCGGAUGUGUACGGUUGGGCUCUGCACAACUGAAUGAGGUUCCGUCUCCUGCCUCUGCUGUUUUGUACGCGCCGCUGCCGGGAUGGGCCAGCAGAUCUCAGGUCAGGCGGUGAUGACCCGUCUGCCUGAGAAGCUGGUGAAACACGCCGGACUGGUGCGUGACAGCGGCUAUCUGACCUACGAGGAGUUUCUGGCAAGAGUGGCCGAACUUAAUGAUGUCACGGCCAAACUAGCUGCUGGACAGCAGAAGCACCUGCUGUUUGAGGUGCAGCCAGGAUCCGAUUCCACGGCCUUGUGGAAGGUGGCCGUCAGGAUUGUCUGCACCAAGAUCAACAAGGAAAAUGGAAUGGUAGAAGCGUCGCGGAUCAUGAACCUGUACCAGUUCACCCAGUUGUACCGCGACAUCACCAGCCAGGCUGCUGAGGUGCUGUCUGCAGACAGUGCGACCGAGGGCCCGUCUGCACAGCUCCCCUCCACAGACUCCUGCCAAGCCAGCAUGUGGAUGGGCAGGGUGAAGCAGCUGACAGAUCAGGAGGAGUGCUGUAUCUGCAUGGAUGGAAAGUCUGACCUCAUCCUGCCCUGUGCACACAGCUUCUGUCAGAAAUGCAUCGAUAAAUGGAGUGGGCAGAGCAGAAACUGUCCCAUAUGUCGUCUGCAAGUGACCGCUGCCAACGAAUCAUGGGUAAUGUCUGACAUCCCCACGGAGGACGACAUAGCCGGCUACAUUCUCAACUUGGCUGAUGAGGCGGGGUACCCACACAGGCCUUAACACACAGAACACUGAGCCAAGUGGAGAGCGAGGGAAUCCACUCCUAUAAGUACACGUCGAAACACAAAAUGUCACUUUCUCUGAGGAGUAUUUUUUUCCCCUUGUAACAUGCAGACGAAGCCAGCAAAGUUUCUCCUCCUUAAGUUCUUUGUGACAGAUUCCCAAACUGAAACCCCGUCUCAUACAAAUCCUGAAAAUCCCAGGAUGAGCUCUGUAACCCAAGUAUUGUAGAUGUGGUGCUUUAUGGGAACUGUGUGUGAUAUGUCGUCUGGAGUACAUAUUCUGUGUUUGUAUAUUAUCAUAAAUUAGAAUAUUUUGAUUUAAGACACAGAAUAACAUAGUAGAGCUUUUAAGGUACCACUGAUUUAACCGCUAGUGCAGGAGGAAAACCCACUGGGUCGGGAUUAACUGGGCACUUAAACAUGUACUGACAUUGCCUUUAAUUAAUAUGAAUGGGACAGAAGCUAGAGAUGAGCGGUAAACUAAGGCCAACCUCAGAGGUCUGAGAAGCAUGACUCAGCAUUAUGGGAAAUGUGCAUGAUCACUUCCUGGGGAGAGUUGUAGAAGAAUAUUGAUACCAUUACUCUUGUCGGGCCCUACUUUACUUUGUUAACUUGUCACAGCAGUCACCUAGCUGAGACUGGCAAGACACGAAACAUCCAGGGUUUGUCUCCUGGUAUCAUGUCGUCCUGCCAACACCUCUAAGCACUCACUGAUUAACGCAUCGUAUUUCAUUUGUUUACACCUUUGUUUUCAGCACAAAAACUAAGGUGUAAAUGUGAACUUUUACCAAUUAUGGGGGUUGUGCUCUUUUCCUGACACUUCACGGAGUUCAUAUCCCUGUACCAGUAAGACUGUUUUUAUAGAUAGAUAGAUUUUAUAGAUUCAAUGACAGUUGUAACCUUUAGAGGUGAGAUGUGAAGUUUGGGCGAAGUCAGACUAGCUGUUUGCGUCUGUAGUCUUUAUGCUUAGACUCUGGUGUAGCUGGUAUUAUUCUUCUAGUGGAGCUCUCUGACGAAUAAACACAUUUCCCAAAAUAUACAACUUUUGUCCAAAUCCGUGACCGACAUGAUAGAGUUCAUUCAUAAGCUGUUGACCAAAUUUAUUUUUCCACUGUAAAGCUGUAGAGUAGUCCAUGCACUAGUGAUGCACAGCUCGACCCAAAACAGGCCAGCCAAGCGAAUUACUUUCCCCAGUACAGAGACACAUGCCAAAUCUCACACUACCAUUAUUUUUCAGUGAUUGUACUGACAUAGUAACAUUAUCCUGAAGCCAGUUGGUUUUAAAUAUAUAAAUAAAUAAAUAUUCAUCCAAAUAAAAGUGCAUCAGGCUUUUGCUGAUUUUUUUUGCUACAAUCAACUGGCAGAGAUGUCUGUCUCUUCAAAUGCAAAAAUAUAUAUAUAUAUUUUGUGGAAUCUAACUCAUAUAUCAACAAUUAGUCAGAAUAUCAGUUUUAUUUACCCUUGCACCACUAGCAUGCGGUGUAACCCUACCUGUUCAUAUGCCACAUGACAUGCCAUAUGAGCCUUGUUAUGUGAGCUCAUCAUCGUGUCCACUUGAGUGUACGGGAUUAAAAAUGGGUUUCACUCGAUCUUACUGACUGGGAUUGUUGCGGUGUCUUCUCCACCGUUACGAAAUAACUGCUGUCAUCUGUUAUCAUCUUUUUACUUGUUUUGUUUAUUAAUUUCCAUAAUUUUAUCGAGAUUAUCUGAUUGCUGUAGAGGCACUUUAGGUUACGCUCUAAACGCAGCCCGUGCUUCACUUGCCUGUAGUUAAAAAUAACUGACUUACUGAGAGCGGCAGCUUUUCAAUGGCACCUGGCAUAUUGCAUAUUGUAGGAUUGCAGUUAUGUAGAAUUCAAAACCACAAAAUGGUUCUUCAUGAAAUGUGAACACGUGUUAUCCUUAAUUUUCACUGGUGGUGUCUCUAGUUAACUGAAAUUGAAUGCUUUAUUUAAAAUUGUAUUGAGGUCAGUUGCUAAUUCAUGUUUUGGUUGGAUAUUCACUGAGUUAAUAAGUUUUGCAUUUGAUCAUAUUCAGCUAUUUGAACCAGUUUUUCCCAAACAUGAGAGAGUAGCUGUAUGUUAUUCAGCUGUGUAAUAUUAACAUUUAAAUUUUACCCAGAAGCCUUUUACAAAAACUGUUUUGAUUUCUGUCAAUAGAACAAAGCAGGAUUAUUGAUCUAUUCACUUAUCAGUCUAUUCAAUUUUUGUCAUUGAUGCUGACAAGUAGCACAAGUUCUACAACAAACAGAUGAUUAGAUCCCUGAGGUGAUAAGUGUUAUCUGAUACUGUAAACCUUUCACAGCAUUUGAAACUAGCAGAAAGAGAAAUCUUUCACCAAGAUGAUUGAGAGAUGAAUUUGAUCUUGUGGUUGCAUAUCUGCAUGGUCCAUUCAAAAGUAUAUAAAAGUACUUAUAAUGUGUGGGUUUGAUUAUACAUACACACAUUGUAUGUAUAAAUGUGAGCAUGUCCUGAAUAGACUAACUGCUGUGUAAUGUGAAGUUUCAACCUGAGGGUGGCAGCAUAAUCCUAUAAUUGUGCUGACAGGAGUUCUGGGUAUUUUGGAGGCAGUUUGUGUGCCAUGCUGAAUAGAAGGAGGUGUAUUAAUUUUGAAGCGUUCCUACUGUACUGUCAUUAAUAAAGACAUAUUCACUUUUUGCA